AUGAAUAGUUAUUUUUCCGUUGGAUGCGAUGCUACGGUCGUCUUAAAAUUUCACAAACAUCGUGAACAACAACCAUCGCUUUUUAGCAGCCGUUUGUUUAACAAGGCAAUUUACUUUAGUUACGGAGUAAACGAAGUUUUAGAAGCUAAUUGUAAAAAUUUGCAAGAAAAGAUUCAGCUGGAAAUGGAUGGCAAGGUGGUUGAACUGCCUGAACUGGAAGGAAUAGUUGUUUUGAAUAUUAACAGCUGGUGCGCUGGUGUCAAAAUGAUUUCUGGUAAUGAUGAAGACGAUUUUCCCCCCGUAAGGUAG